UACUCCACGCUGCAAUACACAGUUAACUAGCAUAAUAAUUACUAACUAAUAUUUUAUUGUUUCUUUUAACAUUCCAUUUUUGUUCUUAUCUAUAAGCACCGUGGAGCAAGUUUCUUUUUCGAAUGUUCUUGAAAUUGUAGACGUGGCGUUGCUAUUCGUUGCAAAGCAUUUGAGAGGAUAGCAUUUUCUGGAAGCUUCGCGUUUUCUUGCAAUUGAAUGCAAAUUUUAUAAACCAUUGGGAGGAAAAUGUGAUGGGAAUAGAGGAAUCUCGUCGUAAAGAUGGCCAACCCUCUGCUGCAUAGGUACAAUUUUGAUCGUUCAAGGCUAUCAGCUUUUGUUCAUUGUACACGAUUGCUUUCUUCCGACUCCUUGGUUGAGGUCAAGCCAGGGGAGAUCGGCAUAGCGUCCGGCAUUCCUGAAGAGCAUCUCCAUCGUCGGGUUAUAAUCUACUCACCUGCUAGAACCGCCACACAACAAGGCUCUGGGAAAGUUGGGAAAUGGAAAAUUAAUUUUCUCUCCACACACAAGUGGGAAAAUCCCUUGAUGGGAUGGACAUCCACAGGAGACCCUUAUGCUAAUGUCGGUGAUGCAGCCCUUAGUUUUGAUAGUGCAGAAGCUGCAAUGAGGUUUGCUGAAAAGCAUGGCUGGCAAUACGAGGUUAAGAAGCGACAGACACCACUUCUUAAGCCGAAGUCCUAUGCAGACAACUUCAAAUGGAAAGGACCACCGAGAGCUGAGGAAAAUUAAUUUGGAGGUUGAGGCAUCCCAAGCAAGGAGCUGGCUGAGCUGUCAAGUGUGAGAAUCUAAUAUUUAAUACAUUAGAAUUUUAGGAUGAUUUUAUAUUUAUAGUUUGUGUAUAGAAUAUGUGAAUUCUAGAUCCUCUGCAACCUUUGUUCUGAUUCUUGAGAGAAUUUUUAGAGCAUUUUAAAUAAAAAUUAAUUUGUGAGUUGGGAUGAAAAA